AUGGCACUUCAAUUGACUUUAUCAUGCGAUUCCGAUAAAAUAGAAACUGGUCCAACACUUAUUCAUUCGACUGGUGUUCAGGACUAUAAGAUCCCACCAGAAAUCAUUCGUAUUUUACAAGAAAGUCUGACAAAUGAUUUGCUAUCUGAUCAUGCAGAAGGUGUACUUUGCCAAGAGAGUUCCCAACGUGUUCUUGAUAUUCUCAGUCAAAAUGGAUUUACUCUACAAAAUGAAACAAAUGAGGGCGACAAAACUUUAUGGACAGUAGCAAAAGAGAGUGGUGACGAUAGUGAACAACCUGUUGUUCCUCAAGAUGCAGAUUCAACACCAAAUGAUGGCAAUCAAGCUGAUGCUGAUGCUGGAGAUAACGGCGGUGAUGAUGAACCGGGAAAUAAGGAGGAAGAAGGAGGAGCAGAAGAAGAAGAACAACAUCAACAAGAAGAAGAAGAACCGGAAGGUGAAGAAUGA